AUGCAAUGGAUAGAACCAAAUGGAAGACAAGAAGCAGAAAAGCGGACCCUGCAACAACGCGGGACAAACGCUAGGAAGAAGAAGAAGAAGACAAGUCUGGUACCAAUUUAUCGACCCCGGAGGGAUGAAAUGACAAAAUGCGAUGAAAAGCUCGGAAGCGGACCGUCUACCCGCUACACUACACCCGCUCUCUUAUUAUUAUCUAUAUUAUUAUUAUUGUUAUUAUUAUUAUUAUUAUUAUUAUUAUUAUUAUUAUUAUUAUUAUUAUCUCUAAAUUUCGUUAUUAUAUUUAUCGCAGAAAGUUUGAACUUUGGAUUGCAAGGGGUGAUUGUCGGAAUUGAUGCGAACGCGAAGAAGAGACUUGAACAACAAUCCGAUGUUCUUGGAAAACGGUUCUAUCUCAAAGAACAAAUAUCGGAUAACAGAGGGACAACCCUUUUGACGCCAGAAGAGCAGAGAAAGAUGGCGACUCUUAAGCUUUACCUUGAUUACGUUCUGACAAAGAACAUCCCUUUGCUAGAUAUUCAAAAGUCAAGACCUGUUUGCGACGUCGCAUCCGAUUACGACCACCGCCCAGUUCUUCUCAUUUUUAUGGUACGGUUCCUGAAUCGGGGAGCUCAACAUCAACCGAAGCUCGACUUGGCAGAUCUGAAAGACGAUGAAUGGAGAAAGAAGUUCAGCCAACUAAGCACCGAGGAAGGAGUUUGCUUUGCAUCUGCGGAGACAAAAUCCGCGUACAAUUCUGUAGGUGCAUUCCGACGAGUGCAUGUGUAUGAAUGUGUGUACGAGUUUAUGUGCAUAUGGGCUGGUGAUUUCAGCCAGGAAAAGCGUCUGAGAAGGAAGUUGCGUCGCCAUCUGCAAAAGACCGCUAAAACGAAUGGACGUCAAGAGUGA